AUGCCAGCCAUCCACAUCCUCGACCUCCCUGAGGAGAUUGUUGAUAACAUUCUUCAGCAAGCAAUACUGGUUCGCGUCUUGCCGAUUAGGGGCGAUUAUGAAUCUUCGACCGGAAUACCAAGAGUGCUGAGGUUGAGACUGGUUUGCAAGACCUUUGAUGUAAUGUUUCGGCCUGCCUUGUUUGCAACGCGGAUAUUCGACACGUAUCUCCCAGUUUCCGCCGACCAGGCCACGCAAGCUUUGAGCUAUUGGCCCAUUCGCAACAACCAUGGAGCUCAACAACUGUGGCACGCUUACCUCGUCUACCGCGUCCAGAAUGAAACGGACCCUUUGGCACAUCGAUAUUGUGAGGUUCGAACGGCAGCAGAGAGGCUCUUCAACACCAAGCUUACUGACCUGUCAUUGAAGAGUAUAAUUGAAUCUGUCUGCUGGUUAGCGCUCACCAGCGUGGCCGGGAAGGUAGCCUUGAAAACCUACCACAAUCACUUCGUCAUCACGAAUGGCGCAGAUCUCAACUUUCUCAGCGCUGCAGCAUAUCUGAACUGCCAAGACGUGGUCAAGAGCCUUCUCGCGGAAGGCGUUGAUCCCACACAACAUGACGACCUCCUCCCCGCGGCCGUUGAAGCCGCUGCCUUGGCAGGCCACGCCGACAUGCUUCAGAUCCUUCAAGAAAGCCUGCCGGACAUGGUCCGCCCUCCAGCAGACCGUGAGGCUAACCCUCGAGGAUUCAUUGGUCAUGCUACAUUGCCUACAGUCCUUUGCAAAGGGAAAGCAGACCCCCAAGCUAUUGUUGGUGCUGCAAUGAAUGGCGAUGUCGAGCUCUUGAAAAUGGCACUGUAUCCCCCUUCUCGGAGGGAUCCACGAAGCACCGACUAUUUUGGCCAGCCUCAUGGAAAGGUAAAGGAAAGAUCUCUGCCGGGUUUGACUCUAAGGGCUGCCAUGCUGCAUUCGAAAUCAAUCCCUGUCUAUCGUAUCUUGUCCGACUUCUUUGCUCAAAGCACCGAGCCAUAUCCAGCCUGCCACCGCUUGGAUCGUUAUUGCGAGUUUGGCAACCUGGAGAUCGUCAAGCAUUUACUUGACACCGGGGUAAGCGUGAAAAUCGAUUCUUGGAGAAGGGCUAGAUACCCUUCGGCACUCCACGAAGCGUGUCGCCACGGUCACGAGGCCAUUGUUGAUCUUCUGAUUGAACGCGGCGCCCGCAUCAACCAACGUUGCGGCAGAUUCGGAACGCCCUUGUACGGGGCGGUCUCGGGGGGAUUCAUCACCAUCGCCCAGAAGCUGAUCAGCAAGGGCGCGGAAUGCGACUUGGAAUUGCUCAAGCAUUCCUUGUCCAGUGAGUACCCUGACAUGACUAGGUUGUUGCUUCCGCAUCUCUCCGCGAAGGAAGUUUAUAAGAACUUGCACUACCUCACUGAUGAUGAGAUACUGGACAAGAUGCCUUUGUUGGCACUGAUUGGGGAGCACCCGGGGCUGAGUUUUAAGAAUGGAAAGGUCCGGCCGCCUGUGCCUCCAAAGGCUAAAAGCCUCUCGAAUCCCAAGUUGAGAUGA